AUGGCUAUUACUGAUUUCUCAAAGAUGCAAGGUAAUUCUGUUACUUUUGAUGAAGAUACAUGCACUCUAAUCACAUGGGAAACUUGUCAAACAGACCCACUUACUGCUUAUGAAGGUUCAAAGAUUAUUGCAGAACGAGAAGCUUGGAAAUUUUAUAACCAAAACAAAGUUAUUAUAAAACUCAAGUUCCCAACUGGUACCUCAUCUUAUAUCUUUGGUCUACAGGUAGUUAAUGAAAACUUACAUGAACUUUUGAAUGGUUUCAACAAGAUCAUAAAUCAAGCUGCAAAUUCCACCAAAUCAGAAGAUAUCACUCCUACUAACACUCAAUGCUGUCACGUUUAUGAUGCUGUAAAAACUCACGGCCUUGCCAUUGAAGAAGAAAAUUUAACUGACAAACGUUUAUUUGUUACUUCCACAGCAUUUGAUGUCCAGGAUAUAUUGAAUUACUUGAACGCAGAUUUCGGUCAACUAAAGGGUAAGAUCCUAGUUGGUACUCCAGAUAACAAUAAUGAACACCCUCGUCCUGGAGCUGUCGUUGGAAAAAAGAAAACCAGAGAUUAA